ACCAUUCAGUACAUACACCCGACCGACGCGCUCAAGAAUAAGCUGCUCUCGCAGUCGGCGGAACUGGUGGUGAUCGACGAGGCGGCCGCCAUUCCGCUACCGAUCGUCAAGUCGCUGAUCGGCCCGUACCUCGUGUUCAUGUCGUCGACGAUCAACGGCUACGAAGGCACCGGGAGGUCACUGUCGUUGAAGCUCUUGCAACAACUUCGCCAACAGAGCCACUCGUUCAGCCAAAAGGCGGGAACGGCGGUCACGGGCCGGGCGUUGCACGAGUUGACGCUCGACGAGUCGAUUCGCUACCAGAGCGGCGACGACGUGGAGCUGUGGCUCAAUCGGCUGCUGUGUUUGGACGCGACGAUCGUCGAGUCGGUGCCCACCGGGGGGUGUCCGCUGCCCGCCGACUGUCACCUCUACUACAUCAAUAGAGAUACGCUGUUCAGCUAUCACUCGGCGUCAGAGGCAUUCCUGCAGCGAAUUAUGGCGCUGUAUGUGUCCUCGCAUUACAAGAACACACCCAACGAUCUGCAGAUGAUGUCCGACGCACCACAACACCACUUAUUCUGUUUGUUGCCGCCGAUGACCGAUAAGCAACGCUCGAAAGGCAAGAUUCCGGACGUCCUGUGCUUCCUACAGGUCUGCCUCGAGGGCCAGAUAUCCGAGAACUCCAUAAUGAAUAGUCUGUCGCGCGGGAAGCGGGCGGCCGGCGAUCUGAUCCCGUGGACGAUCUCCCAACAGUUCCAGGACUCGCGGUUCGGGUCGCUGUCGGGCGCCCGAGUCAUACGGAUCGCCACGAAUCCCAACUACCAGGGCAUGGGUUACGGCAGCCGCGCGCUCAGGCUUCUGGAGGACUACUUUUGCGGUCAGUUUAACGUCGAUCUCACCGAAGACGCUGUCAGUGCUGUCAGCGAUGGUAACGAGUCGGACGGCAAGGCGUUGAAGCCGUUGUUGCUGUCACUGAAUGAGCGAAAAGCGGAAGAAUUGGAUUAUUUGGGCGUUUCCUUCGGCCUGACCGCAGAUCUGCUGAAGUUCUGGAAGAAGUCGGGAUUCGUUCCCAUUUAUGUCAGACAAACGGCCAAUGAGUUGACUGGAGAGCACUCUUGCAUUAUGUUGAAG